AUGUGUAGUUUGCUUUAUCUUUUUGCAGAUUUUUUUAGAGAUAUAAAUAUUGAUGAAGAGGAAUUAAACAACGAUACGAGUUAGUAAAUAUACCGCAAUUAUAAAUGAAUUAUGUUUUAGGACGUAUAUAAUUGUUUUAAAUUAUGGUGGAUGAUUUAGUGGAUAUCGCAUGAGUCAAAAUUCCGGGCAAAAUUAUUUUUCGAAAUAAAACCCAUAGAGAAUAUUUCAAACGUGAAAACUGAGAAUAUUUUAGUUUAUUAGAUAUUUUUAUGCGUUUAAUCAGAAAAUGAAGAAAUAUUUUGCAGCAACUAAACAAUUUUCUGAGCCUGGUUGUUUUGAUUCCGUAUAUACACGCCCUGUCAGACACAGAAUCACCGUCUAUUGUUGGAAUGUUUUCCUCUUAUGGGAAAACGGCCUAAUCUAUGGACAACUUUUCUAUCAAAUAUCUUACUCCAAUUUUUAUCUGUGCCAAUUUUUCCGAAAGGUUAUCAGUGUGAAGAAGUACUUCAAUGAAGUAAUUUUUCGAUUUUCUCAGGAGUUUUUUUAAGAAAAUGUGCAUAACUUAAUUAGGGGAUUGAUUAUUUUGGGAAGGCAUUAUUUAAGUAAAUAUGGUUACCAUUUGACUCUUUUUAAUUAGAUUUAAACCCUGUCAUAUAUACGUUUGUGGUACCAUUAGUAAAAUAUUCAACAUGUUCAAUACUUUUUAUACGUCUAAUAGUUUGUGAAUACAUUUUAAAAAAUAAUUUUACUUUAUAUUUGUUGACAUUCAGUUCCUGCAAAAUCAAAAGAAGAAAAUGCGCAAGGUGAAACCAAAUAAAAUUGAGUAAUUUAAUUGUUGUCAGGACUUUUAAAUGUUAAAGUUACCUAACUGACGAAAUUUUUUUAUUCUUAUAUUAGCACCAGCUGAUAGAUCAGAACAUAAUAAAGAAAUAAAAACACCUGAAGUCAAUGGUAUUAUUAAAACUUAUAAAAAAUUACUACAAAAUAUUUCUAUCAUUCUUGUAGUCGUUUCGGUGUUUCAAAUAAAUUGAGGAGCAAUUUUUUUUUUUAAUUUGCAUUUAUGCUAAUGGUUCACAUUAAUCAAACAAAAUAUGGUCUACCAUUUGACUCUUUUCAAUUAGAUUAAAUCCCUACUAUAUGUAUUUGUCAUGCCAUUAGUAAAACAUUUAACACUUUUAACUCAAUUUGUGAACAUGUUUAGAAUUAUAAUUUUACUUUAUAUUUGUUAAGAUUCAGUUCCUGAAAAACCAAAAGAUAAGAAUGUGCAAGGUAAAAACAAAUAUAAUUGAAUAAUAUUAUUAUAUUUAAACCUUAUCGAACAUUAAAAAUAUAUACGUCUAAAUUCAUGACCAAUUUUACUUGUGGUCUUUUUUGAUGAUUUGGAGAAAUUUAGGAAUAUUUUAUUUUUUUAUUUUUGAAUAAUGCUUAUGGUUUUGAUGAAUUUAAUAAAAUACAUUAUUAUUUGAUAAAAACCUUGCCACAUUUAUUGUUAAUACAUUUGUUAAACAGUCAACUUAUUGUGAGGUUUCGGGCUUUUUAAUGUGUCCUAUUCACUCCCACCAGAGGAGGGGAGCACUUGCCUGGUGACCUAUGAGCCUAUAUUCAGAGGGAAAUCUCGAUAUAACUCAUAGGUUUUAUUAAUUGUAGGCUUCCAGGUGAUUUUGGACGAGGGAACAGGUUGAGGAGCAAAAAUAUAGGUGACACUAUAAUUUAAAAAAAAAGAGAAGUUUAGAAUAAUCACGAGGAUAUAUUUUAUAGGAAAACUGGGUAUACUAGUUAUUGACAGAUAUGUUAAAUUAAUGAAACUAAAAACAACAUGGUUUUUAUAAGUGUUAGGGGUAUGAGGGAAACAGGUAUACUUUAUGCAAUAACUAUGUUGUGUCGGCUUGAGUUAUUGUUAUAGGUUUCGCCCGCCUCGGGCCCACCUGAAAGUUCUAGCACAUCAUGGCUGACGUCGACUGUGGUCCACAGGUUUACAAAUAUGUUUAUUAUGUUUUUUUUUUUUUAUUUAUGGACAACUUUUCUACCAGAUAUCUUAGUAUGAUUUUUAUUUGUAGCACCUUUUCUGAAAAGAUAUCGGUAUGGAUAUUCUAAAGAAGUCAUUUAUCGAAUUUCUCUGAAGUUUUCUCGAAAAAAUGUAAAAAACCGAAAAUGAACUAAAGAAAAUCGGAAAAAUAGGGCCGUACUAUUUUUAACUACCCCACCUAAAUUUCUUACAUUUUCUCGUUAUUCCUCCAUUUUUAUUUGGUUUUUCACGUUUGUUGAGAAAAAUCCUGAGAAAAUUGAAAAAUGGUCUCUCCAAAGUACCUCCCCUGUCAAAUACUUUCAGAAAAGGUACUACACUUAAAAAUUGGAGCAAGAUCUCUGUCAGAAAAUUUGUCCACAAAAAAAAAAAAAAUUAAACAUCUUUGAAAAAAACCAUAAGCUUCUUCGCUUCAAUCAGAAUCUAAAAAAACAUAAAUACAAAAUAAAAUAAAAUAAUAUGAAAUAAUUGAUAGAUUAUUUUUAAAAGCGGUUUUUUUUUUUUUUAAAAGACGUACUAAAAUGUAAGAUUAAGACAUAACAUAACAAAACUAAAAGUAGCAUUCCAACGAUGUUACUUUGUGUAAUUUAAUACAACAUAUUUUCCUAAUAAAAUUAUAUUUAUUUUGAAUAAUUCAUAGACAAAGAAAAAAAAGUAGUAAAUAGAGUCACUCCAAGUCGUCCUUCAAGAAAUUUGUUAUGGUUCAUUCCUACAACUGUCAGUCUGAUGAAGAAAAAAUUUGCUAAAUAAAUAUAUAGGUAGACCUAUUUUAUAUUAUUCAUAGUACUAUGUCAUACAAGUGGCGGUCAAACGAAGGGGAAGUGGUAUAUUCUCCAUAACCUAUUCCCCUUUAAUAUUUAUAAUAAUAUAUAUUAGAUAUCCAGCACGCGCCUUUGCCCAUGAAUAGUAUUGAACGAAAUAAAACCGUGUCUCUUCGUGACAUUUUGUUCUACCCACGGGCUACGUUCUAAUUACGUACAGUUAACCGUUCUUUCUCAACAAUAUACUUUUUUAAAAGGUUCUUUCUUACGUGUUAACUAAAAUUAAGGUAAAAUAUAAGAAAUGUUUUUUUCAUCAAAUGUCACCAGGGUAACAAAUAAAUCAAAAUUAAAAAUUUAAUUUUCAUUUCAAAAAUACGAAAUACAUUAAUGUGUUUUGUGUAAGCUACAUUAAAGUUUGAUUUUCAAAAAUCUAGUUUUGAAGUGCAUAUAUUCAUUCAUCUGCUUCCGUAUGUAAAUUUCCAGAUCUCUGUAUGUGAUAGAUUCAGUAGUACAUCAUGCACAAAUAAAAAGACAAGGUUCAUUUCCCUGGCAGCCCCAGUAAAUAUUGAUUUUUAAUAUAUAUAUAAUAUAAUAUAAUAUAAUAUAAUUUUUUUUAUAUUUAAACACAUACCAUUUUUUUUUUCGUGUGGUAUCAGUGAUAGAAUGGGAACUGCAAAGAUACUACUUUCGGUUCAAAACUAUCGUUUAUUUAAGAACACUUAUUACAAAAACAUAUUAUACAUUCAACAGCUAUGGGGGAUGCAACAGGGUGUCUCCUGUCACUGUGACCCGACAGAUAAACACAAGUACUCAGAAGUUAUAAGCCUCUUGGCGGACGAACCGCAAUGCCACCCGUAGUCCUAUUGUAGUCUCUUUCGGAAGUUACUCUUCGCGGGCCGGUACCGUCUGCCACCCAUGACUUCACGUUGACUCACCGCUUCGUGAACCGGCUUAGCCCGUCUGCUAUCGCGUGAUCUCGUCGAUGGCGAUUUAUUUCCAUGCCGCCCUCGUCGCCCGUCCACCGGUACCAUAAUUACUACGGACGGUAGUUACUACUACUACCUCCGAUAUGUUCGAUUAAAUCGACUGCCGUCCGUAAACUUAAUCUGUUGAAUGCACUUAAACACAUACCUAGGACCUCAUCACACAUCAUCAAAGUACGAUUAUGUAUAUUAUAUUCCAUCAAGGUUGCGUUUGCAUAUUAUAUUAUCUAGCUGCCUUUAUUUGGUGCAUUAAUUGCCUGUAUCAAAUUAUAAUUUGUUUUUUUUUUUCGUAAUCCUAAAAUUUAAUAUUUAGAUCAACAAUUAGGUAAAAAGCGAACAAAACAGAUAAAUAAAUUAUUAUUAAUAAAUUCAAAAUUGUGUUUUUGGAGUACGUAUAUAUCGUACAAAAAAUAAAACAAAUUUGUAAAACAAUAAAUAAAAAAAAAGGAAUAAUGUGUUCAGGAUUCGAACUCGAGUCCUAUGUCCAGCGUAUUUAAUGUACACAAUGAUAUUUUUUAAAAUUAUUCAAAUAACGAUACACAGUUCUAUAAUAUGAUUUUAAUUAUUUUCUGUUACUAAAUAAAUUUGAUGAAGACUUAAAUGUGAUACUGAUUUUGAAUGAAUUUUUUCAUGUUUGAAUAUACAUAAUGAUCCCACAUAGCUGACAUAGCAUUAAAGUCAUAGGCGUGCAUGGAGGGGGAGGUGGGAAUCUGCCCUUCCUGCGGGCUAAAUUUUUCUUUCAUUAACUGUGAAAUUUCAAUUAUUAUAUUAAACUUGUAAUUAAAUUAAUGAUAUAUAAAAUUAAAAUACUUCCAUCACUAAUAUUAAUUGAACUAACUAAUAAUCAAAAUAAUAUUAAAUUAUAAAUUAUAUAUUCUACCCUCCCUGCAAGCUAAGUCUGCGCACGCCCACAGUUACAUUGUUUAUUGUAUAUUUCAUUAAGGUUGGAUAUUUAAUAUUUGUACAAUUUAUAUAAUAUAGUUCUUAAUAUUCCUACAUCUGAGUUAGGUUUAGUUAUUGUAAAAGAUUAACUUUAAAGAUAAAUUAAUACAUUAUUAGAUUCAUAAUUGUCUGCUGGUCAGAUGUAAAUAAAUUAUAUAGGGAGGGGAGAAGUGAGUGAUCGAUGCUCUUAAAUUUAUGAAAAAUUGAAAAAAAAAAACCGAUAAUAAAUUGUGUGUAUAUAAUACUCGUAUUUAUAUAAUAUUCGUGUACAUAUAAAUUAUAAAUAUUGAUUUAUAGUAAUACUCCAUCUAUCUAUAGAAUUUUCAAUAUAGAUUUUCAUUUGAAAAACCAAAGUUGGUAUCGCUACAGGAUUCUCCUUAAAUGUUAUAAAAAAUCUAAGUAUUCGAAAAUAUCGGCUUUAACUACACUUAUAAAUUCCAAAAAUUAGAAUUUGAGUACUUACACGUAAAAUUUAACUAAACCAAUGGGGUGAGCACGCUUAGUGAGUGGAAAUCAUCCUGUACAUACAUAAUAAAAUAUCCUAAGUUUUGUUUCAUUUAAAAUUUUUAAAUUUUAAGGAUGGGUGGCAUGCAAACAUAGGAGACUUUUUGUCUUUGUUGCUCAUCAGUUGUUUUGGUUUUUGAGAGCACAUACACGACGAGCAACUAUCUUCUAAAAGAAGAUUUAUCUGUUAUUGUAAUACAUUUGAUAAGUGCAUAUUAUUUUUGUGUGCGCCCACCCUAAGAAAAUAAUAUUAUACAUUAUUAUAUUUCACAUUCGUUAGUUAGGAAUUUACAUUUUUUUUGUCUGGUGUUGACGCAACUAUUAAUUAACUAUUAAUUAUUAUUUACUAUUAACGUAAUUAUUUAACUUGUUUUUAAAGAAAACCCAACCCGACAAAAUGUUGAGAUAACGGUUCGUUAUAAUAAUAAUAAAAUAAUAAUAAAGAUAAUAUAAUAUAAUAAGAUAAUAUAUAUAAUAUUCCUACUGUAUUAUGCUACACAUUACGAUAAAUUAACUGCUUAUUGUUAAAUGUUAAGAGAACACCACUCCAGUAUCUACUUUCUCUGUCUUACAAACGUAUGACAUAGUAAAUUUGCGUUCAUAGAUUAUGAUUCGUAGAUGAUAUGACUAAGAAAAAAUUGAUAAUAAUAUGUAAACAAACUUUAAUGGAAAAUAAUACCUUGUACAAUCGUACUUUGACGCUGUGUGAUGGGAUUAUAAUAUAAAAUUGUAUCAGGUUUUGCUGCACAUAGUUUGAAUUCUAAAAUCGAACACAAACCAUCACAAACGAAUGGUGUAAGUUAAUAUUCAAAACUAAUGUUGGUAGUGUUGAAGCUGUUGUUUUAGUAGUACCCCCUUUAUAAAAUUUGUUAAAAAUCAAAGUUAACUGCACAAACGCUCUAACUUGGAACAUAAAACCAGCACAAAGGAAGGUCCCUAGUUUGAUUCCGAAAUUCUUCGUUGAAAAUACCAGAUAAAUACACCCAAACAAACAGACAACCACUUCCUAUUAUUAAUAUAGAUUAUUUAUUUAUUCAUUAAACUACAUAAUAUGAGUAGUGACGAAGUAUAAAACUUAAAACAUUUUAAGACUCGUUUAUUUAAACAAUUAAUUUCAUAAUUUGUAAAAGUGUCAAUUAUUUCAAACCUACAACAUAAUAUAAAUAAUAAUAAUUGUUAAACAAUUCUAAAAAAUCAGCCUCAUCCCACCAUUCAUAAUAAAAUCAUUUAACCGCCACUGUAUCGUAUAUAUUAAGGCACUAUAGUAUUCGUUUUAUCAUAUUAUUAUAUUUUUAAGUGAGACGAUUCCGCUGCAAUAUUGCCUACGUAUGGUUGUGUCCA